AUGGAGUUCCCGUUUGAUGUGGACGCGCUGCUUCCAGAGCGGAUCACGGUGCUGGACCAGCACCUGCGGCCCCCGGCCCGCCGACCCGGAACCACAACGCCAGCCCGUGUGGAUGUGCAGCAGCAACUUAUGACCAUUGUGGAUGAACUGGGCAAGGCGUCUGCCAAGGCCCAGCAUCUUCCCGCACCCAUCACCAGCGCCUCGAGGAUGCAGAGUAACCGCCACGUCAUGUAUGUGCUCAAAGACAGCUCCGCCCGACCGGCUGGAAAAGGAGCUCUUAUCGGUUUCCUCAAAGUUGGAUACAAGAAGCUCUUUGUACUGGAUGACCGUGAGGCUCACAAUGAGGUGGAACCACUCUGCAUCCUGGACUUUUACAUCCACGAGACACUUCAGCGCCAUGGCCAUGGGCGAGAACUCUUUCAGUACAUGUUGCAGAAGGAGCGAGUUGAACCACACCAGCUAGCCAUUGACCGGCCCUCCCAGAAGCUGCUGAAGUUCCUACAUAAACACUACCACCUGGAGAUCACAGUCCCUCAGGUGAACAACUUUGUGAUCUUUGAAGGCUUCUUUGCCCAUCAGCAUCGGCCCCCUGCUCCCCCUCUGAGGGCAACGCGGCACUCGCGCGCUGCGGCGGACCCUGUGCCCGCUGCUCCAGCAAGGAAGCUGCCCCCCAAGAGAGCAGAGGGAGACAUUAAGCCGUACUCCUCGAGUGACCGAGAAUUUCUGAAGGCGGCCGUGGAGCCUCCCUGGCCCCUGAACAGAGCCCCUCGCCGAGCCACCCCUCCGGCCCACCCCCCGCGCUCCAGCAGCCUGGGGAGCUCGCCAGAACGAGGUCCCCUCCGCCCCUUUGUGCCGGAGCAGGAGCUGCUGCGUUCCCUGCGCCUCUGCCCCCCUCACCCUACUGCCCGCCUUCUGCUGGCUACCGACCCUGCGGCCAGCCCGGCCCAGCGCCGCCGCACCAGCUCCCUUCCCCGCUCUGAGGACAGCCGCUACUGACACUUAACCCUCUGCCCCCCUGGGAGCCUCGGUGGCAGAGACCCCGUCCCCAAGAACCCACCCCUUCUCUUCCAGUGUGUCCCCAGGAUCCCGUGGAGCCUGACAGAGCCCCUCAGAUUCCCUCUUCUCCUUUCUUGGACAGCUGGGUUGCCCAGGUCCCAGGGGCCCACUACCUUGUAGCUCUCCUGGCCUACAAGCACCUCCUCUCCUAACGCGGUCUCUGACACUCCCCACACGAUGGUCCAGGGCAGCACGCCCUGGCUCCCUGCCGGACUCUAGACCACCAUGGAGGCCCAGCGGCCUCCGCUGCAGGAACCUGUCCCUGGAAUAACCGUGUCUCACUCUAGUGUCCGGUGAUGCCUAGUACUGCUGUGUGCUACCACCUGCUCUGCCGUUCAGCCGCUCACGCCAGCCAGUGAGGUUGCUUCGGAGCAGCCCAGGUGGAUAGGACAGGGACUUACAGCUCCUUCAAGGGACCCCCAAUAUGGCUAAGCUCUUCGUCACCUGUUCUGUGUGUGUGUCAGGGACCCCUGAGCUGAUGUCUGCUUUGGGGCCAGACUCGCACUUCUGAAGACAGCACUACCCCCAGGCCAGAUUCUGUGAGGGACUUCGCAGAUCUCAGCGAGCACCUGGGGUCAGAGGGGUCAUCUUUGCCACGUUUCACAAGAGGAGCCUGAGUCUCAAGGGCCCGUCAGCUCCCGGAUCCGUCCUCCCCCAGUAGCUAGCUGCUGCUGUAGUCCUUGUGAGAGUGUCCUCAGAUGAUGGGACCGUCUCUGGCCUUCCUUGCUUCUUUCCUCCAUAGCAGACCGUUUUCCCUGCUCCACACCCAGUGUGAGACCUCCUUCCUCCGCCCUAGGUGCCCCCCUGUGUUCCCCCAAAUCCUCGGGAGCAGGAUCUCCCUUUCUCCCUACUCAUUCCCUCCUUUCUCCUCCCUCUCAGUGUUGUUUGAAUAAAGUGUGAAUUCCUUUGUGUUUUUAAAUGGACAUUUUCAAUGAAGAAAGCACACCCCAAAAAGCAACGUAAGGUCUCGGCCUCCUUGGUGUCACCUCUCAUUUUCCUGGGACCUGAACCUCGGUCUCGCUCGUCUCCCUCAUUGCUGAGAUCCAGCAAGGAAUCGCAGCGCUCCCCUGCAGGGUCUAGUGUCCACCCUUCCCCACUGCAUUGCUGGGCCUUCUGCCCAGGUCCUGUCUCCCCUCAUGCAGCUGCUGGGUGC